AUGAAUGACAGGAAGUACUCCAUUGUGAUAGGCACCUUCUGUUUCCUCAACACUGUCCAGUUCCUCAUCUUUGACGUGAAUGAGUUUGCCUUCUUUGGCUAUGAAGAGAGGUUCAGUGUCUACCAGAACUCCAGGUCCGAGCUGGUCUCUUGGGUCGUGACCUACAAGAAGAACAUCAGCAUCAGCCUGUCCACCACCACCCUUCUGGUCUGCUCGCUGCUCCUCUAUUGUAUCCACACCAGCAACUGCGUGGGCAUGCUCUGCUACGGCGUGUGGAUUAUCCUCUAUGAGCUGCUCAGCCUCUCCGUCAUCCUGCUCACCAACACGGCCAUCAAAGAGCAGUUCAAGGAGCUGGGGUACCUGCACUUGAUCUUCCAGAUCUCGCGGAUGCUCCUGCACUUGUUCUGCCUGCCCUUCGUCACCAAGUACGGAUACUCCAUCUUCAGGGACCCCAGGGCUGUAAGCAAGACUGGCCAACGCAGACGCUCUAGCAUCAGUACGGUGGAGUCGUGGCCACCCGUCGGGAUGGGAAGCUUGUACUACAAGCUGAACUGA